UUCAGUUCAAAAAAAAACAUAUUAAUUAAUUAAUUAUAAAAAUGAAAUCCUCAGAGUCCUAGAUGAACUUAAACCCGUAAAAACCACAUUAAGGCUGUUACAAAAAAGAUUACGAGGUCAGGGAACUGGUUUUCUUCAACUCUAGACGCUUCUCAAGGGCGGCAGACAUCAGUAAAAGGAGCAGCAAUCCUGAACCAAUGGCUUCAGGGCUGCAGCAAGUUGGGGUAAAGUUCAAGCAGUUCGAUUAUGUAACUGAUUUCUCAGAUCAUUUUUACCAUUUGCGUGCCAUGUCAAAGAAGAGUAACGUCAACGACGGUAAAGUGCAUAACAAGAAUUCUGUAAACAGGAUCAUGAAAGAGUGGGAGAUUCUGGAGAAGCAUCUCCCUGAAUCAAUCUUUGUGAGGGUCUACGAAGGAAGAAUUGAUCUGCUCAGGGCCGCGAUCAUUGGUGCUGAAAAGACUCCUUAUCACCAUGGCCUCUUUUUCUUUGAUAUUUUAUUCCCUUCCGAUUACCCCAACAAGCCUCCGAAAGUACGUUACCAUUCGUUCGGCCUCAGAUUGAACCCCAAUCUGUAUGGCGACGGCUUCGUGUGUUUGAGCUUGCUCAACACUUGGGUAGGGCACGAGACUGAGAUGUGGGACCCUCUUAACUCAACGAUUCUUCAGGUUUUGCUUUCUCUCCAGGGGCUUGUGCUGAACGAGAAACCUUACUACAACGAGCCUGGAGCUAAACCAGCUUGGUCCUGGGAAAAUUACAAUGCAGAUGUUUUCACGUUGUCUUGCAAGACAAUGCUCUUCCUGCUCCACAACCCGCUCAGGAACUUCGAGGCGAUCAUUGCUGCACAUUUUCGUGAGCACGGAAGCACCAUAUUAAGAGCUUGCAUUGCUUAUAGAGAGUGUCGCGUUUGCAUCGGCUUCUUCAACGGUGAUGAUUCUAACGCACCAUCUUCUAAGAAAAAAAUCAGGAUAUCAAAGAAAUUCAAGAACUCCAUGGACGAGCUCUAUCCCAAUCUUUUCGAGGCCUUCAAUGGAAUCGGAGCCCCUCUGCAAAACCUGCCUGAAAAGCUAAUGAAUGAUAUUGACAUUCAACAAAAGCCAGUGAAAGGUAUUAUCAGCAGAUUAAAAACUUUUUGGGAAGCGAUCAUGAGUUAUUAGAUAGCAGAAAAGAAAGGGGCGACCGAUGUCUAUUAAAACUGGUAGGCAACACAGUAUCUUUACUAGAUUAGUCAUCUCAUCUUUUCUUUUGGUCUUUUAGUUCUCAAUUUGUAGGAUUAUCAAUCGUUAUUCCGGGCUGGUAACUGCUGGUUAAAAUUUUCUUUCUCUUAGAGUUUAUGUAUGCAUUUUGAGAUGUGGAGAGCUUUGUGUUUUCUUCCUCCAUGGAUGAAUAGCCUUAAUCUGACUACGAGUCUAAUCAGAAAAUUUCAUAAAGAUUGGAACGGAA